AUGCCACACAUUGAAUUCGUCAAGGGAAUUCCUACGGCUUUGGAGCAGGAUUCCUAUUUUGAUGUGAACAAACGGAAUCUGAUCGUGUUUGAUGAUCAGAUGAUUGACGCCAAGCGGAUUGUGAACCUUUUUACUCGUGGUUCUCAUCAUCGCAAUCUGAGCGUGAUUUAUAUCGUGCAAAAUCUAUUUCAUCAGGGGAAAGGUAGCCGCAGCAUAAGCCUAAACAGCCAUUAUCUGGUGUUAUUCAAGAAUCCACGAGAUAUGUCCAGAAAUGCACGCAUUGGCGAAAAUGGCAGAAAUGGCAAUUAAUCGCCAAAAUCGCCAAACUAUAAACAAAAAUUCAAAUGAGAUGGCAAAGGGGCCCUUUGCAAAGUGGCGAUUUCGGCGAAAAUGGCGUAUUUGGCGAAAAUGGCAGAAAUGGCAAUUAAUCGCCAAAAUCGCCAAACUGUAAACAGAAAUUCAAAUGAGAUGGCAAAGGGGUCCUUUGGAAAGUGGCGAUUUCGGCGAAAAUGGCGUAUUUGGCGAAAAUGGCAGAAAUGGCAAUUAAUUACCAAAAUCGCCAAACUAUAAACAAAAAUUCAAAUGAGAUGGCAAAGGGGCCCUUUGCAAAGUGGCGAUUUCGGCGAAAAUGGCGUAUUUGGCGAAAAUGGCAGAAAUGGCAAUUAAUCGCCAAAAUCGCCAAACUGUAAACAAAAAUUCAAAUGAGAUGGCAAAGGGGCCCUGUGGAAAGUGGCGAUUUCGGCGAAAAUGGCGUAUUUGGCGAAAAUGGCAGAAAUGGCAAUUAAUUACCAAAUCGCCAAACUGUCAACAAAAAUUCAAAUGAGAUGGCAAAGGGGCCCUUUGCAAAGUGGCGAUUUCAGCGAAAAUGGCGUAUUUGGCGAAAAUGGCAGAAAUGGCAAUUAAUCGCCAAAAUCGCCAAACUGUAAACAGAAAUUCAAAUGAGAUGGCAAAGGGGUCCUUUGGAAAGUGGCGAUUGCGGCGAAAAUGGCGUAUUUGGCGAAAAUGGCAGAAAUGGCAAUUAAUCGCCAAAAUCGCCAAACUAUAAACAAAAAUUCAAAUGAGAUGGCAAAGGGGCCCUUUGCAAAGUGGCGAUUUCGGCGAAAAUGGCGUAUUUGGCGAAAAUGGCAGAAAUGGCAAUUAAUCGCCAAAAUCGCCAAACUGUAAACAAAAAUUCAAAUGAGAUGGCAAAGGGGCCCUGUGGAAAGUGGCGAUUUCGGCGAAAAUGGCGUAUUUGGCGAAAAUGGCAGAAAUGGCAAUUAAUUACCAAAUCGCCAAACUGUCAACAAAAAUUCAAAUGAGAUGGCAAAGGGGCCCUUUGCAAAGUGGCGAUUUCAGCGAAAAUGGCGUAUUUGGCGAAAAUGGCAGAAAUGGCAAUUAAUCGCCAAAAUCGCCAAACUGUAAACAGAAAUUCAAAUGAGAUGGCAAAGGGGUCCUUUGGAAAGUGGCGAUUUCGGCGAAAAUGGCGUAUUUGGCGAAAAUGGCAGAAAUGGCAAUUAAUCGCCAAAAUCGCCAAACUAUAAACAAAAAUUCAAAUGAGAUGGCAAAGGGGCCCUUUGCAAAGUGGUGAUUUCGGCGAAAAUGGCGUAUUUGGCGAAAAUGGCAGAAAUGGCAAUUAAUCGCCAAAAUCGCCAAACUGUAAACAGAAAUUCAAAUGAGAUGGCAAAGGGGUCCUUUGGAAAGUGGCGAUUUCGGCGAAAAUGGCGUAUUUGGCGAAAAUGGCAGAAAUGGCAAUUAAUCGCCAAAAUCGCCAAACUUUAAACAAAAAUUCAAAUGAGAUGGCAAAGGGGCCCUUUGCAAAGUGGCGAUUUCGGCGAAAAUGGCGUAUUUGGCGAAAAUGGCAGAAAUGGCAAUUAAUCGCCAAAAUCGCCAAACUAUAAACAAAAAUUCAAAUGAGAUGGCAAAGGGGCCCUUUGCAAAGUGGCGAUUUCGGCGAAAAUGGCGUAUUUGGCGAAAAUGGCAGAAAUGGCAAUUAAUUACCAAAUCGCCAAACUGUCAACAAAAAUUCAAAUGAGAUGGCAAAGGGGCCCUUUGCAAAGUGGCGAUUUCAGCGAAAAUGGCGUAUUUGGCGAAAAUGGCAGAAAUGGCAAUUAAUCGCCAAAAUCGCCAAACUGUAAACAAAAAUUCAAAUGAGAUGGCAAAGGGGCCCUUUGGAAAGUGAGGAUUUUGGCGAAAAUGGCGUGCACUAAUUCUGUAUCUUUUCAUCAACCACAAAUAAAAAAAAAAUAUAGAGUGCAUGUUGGCCUCGUUCUUAAAACGUGUUUUGGCAGAAAUGGCAAUUACUCGAUGAAAUACCUAAUUUGUCAAGACAAAUUGAAAUGACAUAGCAAAGGGUCCCUUUUGAAAUGGCUAUUAAUUGCCAAAUAGUUAACCACAUAUUAAUAUAAAAAUGUUUCCAAUAGUAUAAUUGUAUACUAAUAAUGACACUAAGUGUCAUUAAUCUGUUUUUAAUGCUUUUACCUUUAAUUGAUAACCUCUUGUGAUUUGAAAUUCGUCCCACACAAGAGUGUUCGGUCGGGAAUUACCACUUAUAACUAAUUUCUUGCUCAAUUCAAAUCGAAUGGCCAACGAGUUGUAUUCAAUUAUCAGUAAAUGGUAAUCUUCGUAAUGUUCAUGGCAACUUUCUUACCAAAAAAUCCAAGAUAGGUAUCCUUAAUUUUCCAGGCUUGUAGGCAUUGUUUGAAUAGCGACAGUUCAACAUUAUAUGUUAUGAGGAAUCCAGGUUGGUUCUUGGCUACGCAUUCAGAUAAUUAGAUGGUCCGUAUUGCCUUGUAUAUCCAUCCUGUUUGUUAUAAUGGCGUUCAAUCGUACAAGUAUAUAUAAACGAGCUGGUUCAUUGCAGUUUCACAGAACAUGAACGUAUAAGGUUUAGUAGUUGUUAUACAGACGCGGCGACCAUGUUGAAAUAGUCGAUUUUGGAUAACUACUCUAUGUAAGUAGAAACGAUUAGUGUCAUUCCCAGCCGACUUUGGUGGUCACUCUAUGUUUAUAGCUCCUCUAUGUAAGCAAAACGAUCAAUGUCGUUCACAGGGACUCUCAGGCAAUUGUUAAAAUAGAAGGUAAAAAGGCCGGGUGACGUGUUUCGACGAGCAUUAGCAUUAGCAAUUUAAUGGAAACAUAUUGUAUUGAGAAUUGGUUUGGUGGUCUCAGCGCAAAAAAACAAUACAUUUUCUAAAUUUCUGGCCCCACCUCAUAAAGCAAUAAUGGGACACAUUUUUGAAGAACGAGACAAACAUGUACACUCUCUUUUUAUAUAUCUAGUUGAUGAAAAGAUACAGAAUUAGUUUGAAUGGGAUAUGUUUUAUGAAAGAGACAAACAAGUUAUUGCUUUGAUCCACUGUUUAUGUUCAAUAAAUGCGGUGAAGUGUUGGGCACAAGUGACAUUUCGUGCAGGUUUACAUAAAGUGGAAAUAAGCGAAAUCACACAUUUCAAAAUGGCGCACGCAAGCUGCUGGACAUUUCGGCUUUCGUUACUUUUAGGGGACCGUUUCUCUAAAGAGCAAAGCAAGUAAGUGCGAGAAGAAAGUGAAGAGUUUAAAACGACGGAAGAAGAUAAUGUGUAUAGUGGAGAACCAAAAAAGAAUGAAGGGCACACACUAGCUGGUUAUCGUGAAAGCAUCUUUUAGCCAGGAACCAUGAGUUUCGCAAUCGCUUUUGAUUUAAGGCUGCCUCACAAUUUAAUGGAACCAAUGUGAAGAGAAUUGUAACCAGUGAGGAUUGUUAAGGUCUACAUCGAACCUCAAAAGUUAGAGUGUCCAUGGCAAGGAAUUAUUAUGAUUUCAAGGACUUGGUAGUUCUCUCCUCGAGUAAUUAGUGGACUUGUAAGUCUUUGAAAGGAAAUGAACCAUACAAAAGCAAAUGAUGCUAGUGUGAUAUUUCAGCGCAUCACAUCACUUUUGGUAAGUCAAGCGACUUACUUAACCUGUGAAGUACAUGGCACAAAUACAUAUUAGCUUAACUGAAACGACUUGCAUUUGUUGUUUUCAGAUAUAUUUGAUUCAGUUUUAUUUGAUAAAAUAACGUUGUUUGACAGUUAGGUAAAGCUGUUUUGUCAUAUAUUUGAUUCAGUUGUAUUUGAUAAAUGUUGCCUCACAGUUAUUCGGGCCUCUUAUUAGGCAAGUAAUUUGAACUUUUUUUUAGUACUGUUGCCUCACAGUUAUAAGGACCUCUUUAGUUAUCUCCUUUGAAGGGGCCACUUUUGGCAUCCAAUUUGAAUAUUUUGCCACAUAUCGCCAGCCCUCAGGCGAUUUUUGCCAAAAUUGCCAAUUUCGCCAAAAUCGCCAUUUUCGCCAAAAUCGCCAGCCUCCAAGGGGCCACUUUUGGCAUCCAAUUCAAAUUGCCAGAGGCUGGUGAUUUUUCGCCAUUUUCGCCAUGGCAUGCAUGGCAAUUUUUGCCAAAAUCGCCAAUUUCGCCAAAAUCGCCAUUUUUGCCAAAAUCGCCAGCCUCCAAGGGGCCACUUUUGGCAUCCAAUUCAAAUCGCCAGCGGCUGGCGAUUUUUCGCCAGUUUCGCCAUUGCAUGCAUUUCUGGACAUAAGUGGAAUCCACGAGACAAAUUGCAAAUCCUGACUCUGGCAAAGCAAAUGUAUCCCGGGCAGACUGAUUUCUUUUUAAAUCAGUACGAAAGGCUGUAAAAAGACCUUUUGGUUAUCUUCUGAUUGAUGUGAAAACUACUACCCAAGAUAAUUGUCGGUUGCGAACAAACGUCCUGCCCAGUGAAGAAGGCUUUAACCAAGCAGAGUUUCAAGAAAAUAUUCCUCAAAUGCUUCUAAAAUAUCUGAAGCAGCAAACUCUUUCGCCUGUCCCGCUUCUUCCAGCUAUGCAAGAAAUACAAGGCAACAUGGAUGACGUGCUUUCUCGAAACGAUCUUCGGGACGAUGAAAAAGCUAAGCGAUACUUUCAGUUGCAAAACAGAUACCUGGCUUUUACAGAACAAUUAAAUACAAGAACACGACCGGAAGAAAUAAUCAGCACUGUUCCAGACUUAACGUCAAGGACACAAGAUUCUUCGACAGCAACGACAGCAUGCUCCACUCCACUUAACCCCUUUAAUGAAACACCUGAGUUAACACAAGCGGCUAUCUCUCAAAAACCUGACAAAGAAAGCCUCACCCCUCCACCACCCUUAAAUCCUGCUCUCCUGAAC